CGAAGGGUGAGGAGGAGAAAGAACCCGCUCAAAAUCUGCUAGGUCCCAGGCAGCCGCCGCUGCCCCUUUGAUGUUUUGGUACGCCGUGCGCAUGCGCCUCACAUUAGAAUUACCGCACUGGGCAGACUAAGUUGGUUCUCUUCUCUUCAGUGAAACCCUCAUUCCCAUCAAAAACUAAAGGGAUGUGGAGAGUCCGGAAAAGGGGCUACUUUGGGAUUUGGUCAUUCCCCUUAAUCAUCGCCGCUGUCUGUGCGCAGAGUGUCAAUGACCCUAGUAAUAUGUCGCUGGUUAAAGAGACGGUGGAUAGACUCCUGAAAGGCUAUGAUAUUCGCCUGAGACCUGAUUUUGGAGGUCCCCCCGUGGCCGUGGGAAUGAAUAUUGAUAUUGCCAGCAUCGACAUGGUUUCCGAAGUCAAUAUGGAUUAUACGUUGACAAUGUACUUUCAGCAAGCCUGGAGAGAUAAGCGGCUGUCCUAUAAUGUAAUACCUUUAAACUUGACUCUGGACAAUCGAGUGGCAGACCAGCUCUGGGUGCCAGAUACUUACUUUCUGAAUGACAAGAAGUCUUUCGUGCACGGGGUGACUGUCAAGAACCGCAUGAUCCGCUUACAUCCAGAUGGGACAGUCCUGUAUGGCCUCAGAAUCACAACCACAGCUGCUUGCAUGAUGGACCUAAGGCGAUACCCACUGGAUGAACAAAACUGCACCUUGGAAAUCGAAAGCUAUGGAUACACCACUGAUGACAUUGAAUUUUACUGGCGUGGGGAUGAUAAUGCUGUCACAGGAGUAACGAAGAUUGAGCUUCCACAGUUCUCUAUUGUAGAUUACAAACUCAUCACAAAGAAGGUCGUUUUUUCUACAGGUUCCUAUCCCAGGUUGUCCCUCAGCUUUAAGCUUAAGAGAAACAUUGGUUACUUUAUCCUGCAAACGUACAUGCCUUCCAUCCUCAUCACUAUCCUCUCCUGGGUCUCCUUCUGGAUUAAUUAUGAUGCUUCAGCUGCAAGAGUGGCAUUAGGAAUCACAACUGUGCUCACGAUGACCACUAUUAACACCCACCUCCGGGAGACACUCCCGAAAAUUCCCUAUGUGAAGGCCAUUGAUAUGUACCUGAUGGGGUGCUUUGUCUUUGUUUUCAUGGCCCUUCUGGAAUAUGCUUUGGUCAACUACAUCUUCUUUGGGAGGGGACCCCAACGCCAAAAGAAAGCAGCUGAGAAGGCUGCGAGUGUCAACAAUGAGAAGAUGCGCCUGGAUGUCAACAAGAUUUUUUAUAAAGAUAUUAAACAAAAUGGGACCCAAUAUCGAUCCUUGUGGGACCCUACUGGAAACCUCUCCCCAACUAGACGGACUACCAAUUACGAUUUCUCUCUGUAUACGAUGGACCCUCAUGAGAACAUCUUGCUGAGCACCCUGGAGAUAAAGAAUGAGAUGGCCACUUCGGAGGCGGUGAUGGGGCUUGGAGACCCCAGGAGCACCAUGCUAGCCUACGAUGCCUCCAGCAUCCAGUACCGGAAAGCCGGGCUGCCCAGGCACAGUUUUGGCCGAAACGCUCUAGAACGACACAUGGCACAGAAGAAAAGCCGCCUGCGGAGACGCGCCUCCCAGCUGAAAAUCACCAUCCCCGACUUGACUGAUGUGAACGCCAUAGACCGGUGGUCCCGCAUAUUCUUCCCGGUGGUUUUUUCCUUCUUCAACAUCGUCUAUUGGCUUUACUAUGUGAACUAAAACAUAGCCUCCCCUGGGAAGCAAGGACUGGAUUCCUCCUCAAAUCAGUUGUACAGCCUGAUGUAGGACUUGGAAAACACAUUCAUCCAGGACAAAAGGGAUGCUAAAAUACCUUAGUUGCUGGCCUAUCCUCUGGUCCAUUCCAUACCAUUUGGGUUGCUUCUGCUAAGUAACAGAUACACUCAGGUCCUUGUGGCAUUCCAGUUACCAUGCAAGUGAUUGGCGCACGUGCAGGCAAGACGGAAUCUGAGCAUAUGUCUGCUUAGUAGGCAGCCUGGGGAGAAAGGGAUUAUUUCAAGCUAUUCUUAGAAGGCUCAGUAGCAUGGUCAGUCAUUUCACUGAGAAGUGGACAUGUCCAGAUCCUUACCAUCUUUAUUCUCAAGGUCGGCUGCUAUUGAGAUGGCACUGUGCUUAUAAGGCACUAUCUACCAUACUUGCUGAGGCUGCUCUAGACCCAUCUUGUUACGGUGAUGAUGGCAUGACAGGAAGAUAAUUCCCACUGGAUUCUAGAAGGUUCUCAUGUAGAUCACACAGGACAGGGAAUAUCCAGACCGAGACUCAGGAAACCAGUUUGACCUGUCUCUGUUUGCCUAAGCCCAUGACAUUUUCCAUUUUGGCAUUUAGAGAUGGGGAGACUUCUGAAUGGUAUCAUGAAUGGUGGCCAAAGAAGUUUUUCUAACAAGCUGUUUUCUGGGUGGUUGAAAUAAAGGUUAACAACCCAGGGCAGAUUGGGAAAUCCAGAAAGGACUGUUGUGACAAACUUGAACAAGCCAGCAGUACCACCCUUCUCAGCCCCAUGCUUCUGGUCUUUUCAUACUGUGUUCAGUGGCAAAGGUAGAAGGAGACAGUUCUUUUUUUUUUUUUUACUUCCAACCUCACAAGCAUGCUAAAUAAUAUUUCAUUGUUUACUAAACAAACAAAACCCAAAAAAAAUAAUAGUAGCUAGAAAAAUUAGAAGUGUGUUUGAUGUUGGCUACAUUGGAAGUCAUUCAACUAGACUAAUGCAGACCACAGAUGACACUAACAAACAGGUUGCUUUUUUUAGACGACACCAGCUGUCUCUGCAACCUUUCCCUCUUAAGUUUAUUUAUUAAUUUAAUAGGACAUGUUAAAAGAAGAAUUUGUUCCUUUAAGGUUUUAAUGGUCCUGUCCACCUUUUCUUCCUGCUAAAAUUCUGUUUAUAUUCUUGGUUGACAGACUAAGUAAGGCAGAGUGAGCUGUAUUGCUUUAUGUGCAAGGAAAUUCACCUUAGUCUUUUGCAUAGCAAACAAGACUUCAAGGAUGAUGUUCACAAGUCAGUUUGUGGGUUUGUUGGGUUAGCAUUUUCAGGGGUGUGCUGCUUGUGGUUCCACAGUCUGCCUAAGGAAGGGAAGCAUGGAAACUAGUAGAACAUAGGAUGACUACAAGGCCACAUUAACGUGAUGUCUGUGACGAGCCUCCAUUGACAAUGCAGAAAAUUAUAUGACUGAUCACCAGGCAGGCAUUGAUAUAUGGUUCUUACUCUGUUUUUUCAAUGAUGUCUUCAUGUUUCUAUCUAUACUAAUCAGACAGAUGCAUUCACAUGUUGGGCAGAAAAGAGAAUAAGCUAAUAUAUUUCUAUUGGUGUAAGGUUCAUAUUUUGCUUUACUUGAAGAAAAUAACAAAUUGCUCAAAUUUCCUUAAAUUAGAUUUGCUGAAACUUUUUCUCAGAAGAUGACUUUGCUAUCUAUUAAAAAAAAAAAAGCAAUCACACUUUAGAGUAGCUUCCUUAACUGGGCAAAGUAAGUAUGGCCAGUAUUUGCCUGUGAAUAAAGGUAUGUUUUUCUUCCCCUGAUAAUUUAGUAGCUUGGAAUGUGAUGGAAUCCUGCUAUUCCAUUCCAACUUUUAGAGCACAACAACAUCUAAAAGGUUUAACACUCAGUUUCUUGAAUUUGUCCCAAUAUGGGAUAGUAUUUUGUUGUUCACCAGCUUAGGAAACUAUGGCCCUUGUGUUACAUUAAUGCACUUGAACACCUCUGAAUAGAUGCUCUUUGGGCAGAAUCCAGCUGAGUUUCUACCCAUGGGCUUAGAGUAGAAAUUCCUCCAGUUUCUCUAGGGACACUCUUUCUCCUAGGCAAGUACAUGGGCAUCACACUAAUAAAAGCGCCUUGCCCUUGUCAGGAGGUCAAGUUUAAAUAGAAAACAUCAGACAAGAGCAUAUCAAUAACUCAGGUGCACAAUUCCCAAAUGCCAUUCUGGAAAGGUCUUUUCUGGAGACAACUCAGAGCCCAGUUCUAUAGAAGUGGGCUCUUAUUUGCGAUUAUCGUAAAAGCCAUAAAAAUCCUUGAUAUUGUCAUUUAUGGUUACAACAAAAUUCUGAUGUCCCGGAAAGUCAGUAAUUUAGCUCAAUGUGGAAAGAAGCAACUUUGUAGCAUGAAUCUCAAAAGCAUAUGACAUAGGCUUUAUUUCUUUUCUCGGUGAUAAGGAAAAAAUAUAAAAGAAAAAUGGGACCUUGGAACAGAUGUGCUGGAAUGGGACCUUGGAACAUGGCAUUCAGUAACCAUGUAGGUAGAAACAGCUCACUCAUCCUGCCUAGAGAUAACAGUUGAUGUAGAAUUUAUUCUUAUGCUCUGUGUUUACUGUAGUUGAAUUGCAUUGUAGUCACCACGUCGGGGGAGGGCCCUGGAAGGGUGCUAGAUUAUGUAAGUGACCAGUCAGCUGGAUAGCCAGUGGUUAAAAUUAAGGACCACAAAAGUGUGUUUUGGCAAUUCUGAUAUGGUAUUGCUAUCAAUUUAUACAUAUAUGUAGAGUUUUUUCUUUUUAUUAUAAAGUAGCCAGAUAGCCAGCAAUUAAGGUGUUUUUUCAUCUUUGUGAAAUUCAUAGGCAAAUUCUGACUCUAAAAUGCACAGUCUAAAUGAAACCUUUGAUCUAAAUAUGUAUAUAUAUUGUACAUGACUGCUAGUAGGUAUGAAAUGCAUUCUCAGAAUUGAAAACUCAUGCAACAUAAUCAUGUGUUUGCAUAAGGAAUGUUACAAUUCUUUCUACUGCAAUUUAAUAACAGGGACAAGACUUAAGCAGUGCCAUCUAGACCUAUUCUCAUUUCUUCAAAAGCAGUGCUAAGUAAAAAAAUAAUAAAAAUGGUUUAUGAACCAAAAGACUUUGCAUUCUAGCAUUAGGAACAUUCACACACACAAACAAACAAAAAAAAAUCUGUCAGCCAACAAAAGCACAACACAUAGAGAAAGUUCAGUGGACUACAUAAUGGGGAAAUAAAUCAUGUUUAUUUCAAGAAAGACCUGCAUUAAAUUGGCAUCUAAGACAAUUUCCAUUUUCUAUAGGUAACUGUGUUCCAGUUUUAUGAUGAACUUCAUGCUCAUCAACAAAAACAGCAGAACAAUCAACAAACAACAGGUCUUACAACAUAUCUAAUGUAUAUAUGUGUAUAUACAGGUCCAUAAAACAGACAUACAUAUAUAUGCGUUCAUAUGUUGGAAAAUAAAAGGAAUAAGCUAAUAUGUUUUAUUUCCUUCAUUAAACAGUGUAUGAGCCUUUUUAAUUUGGCGACCAACAGAUCAACAUAAUGGAACAAGUAAUACAGGGUACUGAACAUUUCUCUAUCAGCAACUCAAUGCCUACCGUUCUUAUGGACCACCGUGCAGUUCGACGCCACAUUAGUUACUGUACCUCAGAACGUCAGAAAUUAACUAGCUCUCCCAUUGCUUGUCUACUUGCUCUCUUUUUCAAUGAAACAACAUUGUCUAUUGGUGAUUUAAAAACUAAAAUGUCUUAAGGAAAUAAAAAAUUAUGUAAAAAAAAAAAUCAUCCUAGGAAAAGGAAAAAAAAAUCCAAAGCCCACCAUGUUGGUCUGGGCAAAUGCUCUCCAUUGUAGCAGCCGUGCCAUUUUGCUAAGUGUACAGAGUCUACGUAACGUGAGCAGCCAUGACUUUCUCCGAGCGUGUGUAAAUACUAAAACAGAUUUCUUAAAUAUUUUUAACUUCUAAUUUGUAUUUUAUGGUAAGGCAAUGUGCUAAUUCUGUUUAUGGCUUACGUUGAUGUGUUAUAAUAUUAUGUAAAUAGUCAAAUAUGCUGUAAAGGAAUAGUAAGUAGACACAAAUAAUUGUUUUCGUUUUCUCAUUCUUCAUUUUUAUUUAUUUUUUACUAAGUACAGUUACUGCAGUGCCCCAGCAGAGUAAUUUAAACACCCUUUUGCAUCAGUGAUUUGGGAUCCCAGACAGAAGGGUUUCAAUUUGUUAUCACACACACAUUCUCUCACAUACAUACACACACACUCACAAACACACACACCCUCACUUGCCUGCUCUUUCACUCUCAACCCCUCUAUGGAAACUCGGUAGUGCUUAUGUAACAACUUAUGUAGUCCAUGUAACAAUCAAAAUAUAGCCUGAGGAAUGGCAAUUUGGAAAAGCAGAAAUGAUCACCGACAAAAAGUUUUUUAUAUGUCAGUUCAAGAGACCACAGGUUGUAAAUUAAAUCUCAAUUUUCAAAGAGUAAAAAUUUAUAAUUAUGGCACUACAGGAAAUAAAAAUGCUUAUUAUUCACACUUGCUCCAGGAAUUAGCUACACAUGAUACAUAGUAGAAGAUCUUUUUUUUUAAAAAAACAAAAUAGCAUUUUGUCCUUAGGUAGUAUUGUUCCUUUCAACCAAAGACUCUAGAAUGGGGGAAAAAAUAAAGACACUGCUUCACACCAAAGGUUUAAAAAUAUUUUCCAAAUACACUAGGGACAUUGUAAAAUUUAGUAAGGAACCAACAGAAUGGUAAUUAUGGUACAGCCCUGAAGAAAUAAUUUUUCAAAAAGCAACAGCACUCUUAAAUGUUAGUUAUUUGGAAAUUGAAAUAACACAUUUCUGUAGAUAUAUACACAAUUAUGACAUCAAAUUUUCAUUUGCUUUGAGAAUUUUUGUGUGUGUGGUAAAAUAAAUAUGUUUCAAAGUGAUGAAAAAGAAAACUUUCUGUUUCUUAGCUUUCAAAACCAAAUGUCUCUCUCCUCGCCCAUGUCCAGUGACCGACAGCCCUGUGUGUCCUUCUCUAUCCGAAGCAAGUCAGCAGUCUGAUCAGCUGUUUCUUUUCCCUUUCAGUUCAAAAUUCGAGUUCAACCAGGGUUCUUUUUAACAUAAUUCAAAGUUGCAAAUGAUUUAAAUUCCAUAACUUUUUAAAAUUUUUAUUUGCAUGGGUGUUUAAAUAGUUCUGUUAUGAAUAUUGUCCCUGCACAGUUCUCAAUUGUCUUUUUCUAAAAAAGUGAUAUUGGAGUUUCUUCACAAUGUAGUGAUUAUCAGCCUUACUAAUUACCUUGUAGCCUUUCUUAAUAUGCACAUAAUGCACAUUUUCCAAUGGCUAGAAAAUGCAGACCACAAGUGGAUAUCAUUGCAUCUAUUUUCAUGUCUUUCUAAAAACAGGACUACUAAAAUCUCUGGGAUACACGAGAUAGUAAAAAAUGAGGAUUAUAAAUGAGUAGCACAUAAGAAUUAUUUUCUUGAAUUUAAACUUAUUACAACCAGU